UUUUAAGAAGGAGAAGAACCAAAAAAAAAAAAAAAAAAAUUGCUACAGCAAUAGGCCAACACCCAUUUCCAUAUUCUUCUUCUGAUGAAAAAUAAGAAUGUUGGGUGGGUCUCGCUGUAUAUCCCAGCACUUAAGAGACUCUAAUUUUCACCAAUUUUGCACUUCUACUACUCCUAUUUUCACUGCUGCUUCUCCACCAAUCUCAACUUCUUCAUUCAACUACUUCAGAUUUAGAUUAAGGAAUAAAGUUAGUGAUUUUGGGGUCAAUUGUGUUCAGCCCAAUUCUUCAAAUACUCAAAGCUCUUUGCUUUCUCAAACUUUGAGCCAAUCCGGAACUGAUGAGGAGCCUCCAUCAGAAAGAUUGACCAUGCUUGCAGGUGGGAUAGUAGCUCUGGGAAAGUUUGAUGCACUCCAUAUUGGUCACCGUGAGCUAGCAAUCCAAGCAGCUAAGAGAGGAAUUCCGUUUCUUCUUUCAUUUGUUGGAAUGGCGGAAGUACUUGGAUGGGAACCGAGGGCUCCCAUUGUUGCUGACUGUGAUCGCAAAAGGAUUCUUUCAUCUUGGGCUCCUUAUUGCGGUAAUGUAAUCCCGACGGAAUUCCAGAUAGAAUUUUCCAAAGUUCGAUCUCUUACGCCUCGUCAGUUUGUGGAGAAGCUGUCCAAAGAGCUGGGAGUACGAGGAGUUGUUGCUGGCGAAAACUAUCGUUUUGGAUAUAGAGCUGCUGGUGAUGCAUCGGACCUUGUGAAGCUCUGUGAAGAGUAUGGAUUAGAGGCUUAUAUAAUCAAUUCUGUCAUGGACAAGAAUCAGAUUUCUGGAGCCUUAAACUCUUGUGAAAAAAAGGAGAGAGGACAAGUAUCAUCUACUCGUGUUAGGUAUGCCCUUGACAAGGGAGACAUGAAAUAUGUGUCUGAGCUGUUAGGUCGCAAACAUCGUCUUGUUUUAAUGAUGGAAGAUCAAGAAAGGUUUAUGAGUGAGAGAAAUAGACUGUCAGCACCAAAGUCUUGUUUGUUGAAUCUUGCACCCAAGGAAGGUCUUUAUGAGAAUUGUUCAGUUUCGAUUGACAAGAAUGUUGUACCCUGCAGAGUCAUAGUUGAUGCAACUGAUAUUCAUUUGGAAUGCUAUGAGGUAGCUAAUUUUACCUGUAUUACUUCUCGAGACUUAAAGAUAUUGGGUAUUGACUUUGGUAGUCCAGAGUUAGAUGGGGUUCAAAUCUUGUAAUUUCAUUCCCUAUAAUUCUUUAGUGCGACCAUUUCUGAAUGUCCUUCAGUCUUUAAGUAUGAGUACGAUUCUUUAUGGUACAUUGCUUCACAAUUCACAUACUUUUGGUGGGAACAUAGUUGAGUUUACUGAUA